AUUCACUGCCAAAGAUUGAACGUAGUCAAUUCUGGGCCACUGAAGGCCGGAAAUAGUGUUGGAAGUUCUCAUACUGAUUAUUGCAGAUUUUUCAAACCUGUUAUCCAUAGAGGUUUGAAAUUUAUUCAGAGAAAUGCGUUUCUUCAUGUUCAUAUGUUGUUUGGUUUGCGAGUUAAUUCUUUUCGUAACAGCGGAGCCGAGAGCCAAAAAUGCCGCCAUAGAUGUCGACGGAGUAACUGAGCAAUCUGAUCUGAAAGUAGAAGACCUCACAACUGAAGAGGAAUUCGACAGAGGCCCAGUUAAAAAAAUUGUUGAUGUGGCAGGACAAGUUAUGACUGCAGGAGCCGACGACUCAACUGGUAUCUCUGAUCACACUACGGACUCGACUGUUGGGAAAAAGAACGUCGUUUUGCUAAAUGUUGACGAAAACGUGUACUUGAUUCUAACUUUGGUCCCCGUCAUCCUCGUUCUGUUCGGAAUCUUGACCAUUGUAUUCCAAUUCCGGCUAGCAGCUGCCAUGAAUUUGAUGAGACGAAGGAUGGAGGAAAGUCAUGAAUUAAGGGAGAUUCACCCCGUUCUGUCGCCUGAACCCCGUUCUGACGCGGGCGACGACAACCGCGGUAGCGAUACUGACAAGGGCAACAAUGGCAGCAAGAGUAAAGCCAACCCGAAUUCCGAAGAAAUAGAAGAUUCGGAGGCAAAUGAUGUAACUGACCAAACUUCCUUGAAGGAAACCAAGAAGCCUGGACCAGAUGGAAAAGCUGGAGCUACUAUUGUAUCUGUAACGAGCCAAAGAGACGGAGAGGCCGAAGAAAAUGUUACAAAUGGGGACAAAGAAGAUACAACCUCGAGCAAUUCAGGCGAUGCUUGUCAGGUGGACGUAAGCAAACUUGAAAAAUUGGACGAGAGCAAGGAAGGUGCAGCUUUUGCGGGCUCGUGUGACGUGGACAAUCUCCUCAAAAAGGCGGAUACGUUUGCUGUUGCUAUGGAAAACGGAAGUCCCAAGAAGGCUCCAGAUUCCGGCGCAUGUGCUGGUGGGCUUAAGAUGGUCAAAUGAAUGAAGGAAAAGUGUCGGCCAGUCGGCAGAUUAUCAGCAUAAAGUGUAUUAAAGUGCGUUCCUCUCUAUUCAUUCUUAUCUCGAAUCUCUCUUCAUUCUUAUUUUGGUGGAAUACUAGAAAUAAAUUUGAACCCUUUCA